AUGUCUCUGUUUUUCCGUCCACUUCUACAUCGAAUAUUCCCCGUCGGUGAGGCCUGAAGUUUUUUCUUUUCGAGUCAAAGUUUCAUGGUCGUUUUUAUUCCCCUGAGGGUAUUGUGUCUUUUCUCCCUCUUUAACCAAAGUAUGUUAAACUCGACUCAUUUUAGCGUUGAGGCCAGUAAUUUGCGCACUUUUUUCAGGCAUGCAAAACAGACAGCUCCCUCUUGUAUUCAAGCCUCCCUACGCCUCCAGAGAGCGGUGAUUUUGUUGGUGGUCUGCUGCAACAGAAAGACAUGUCUUUUAGGGCGUAUUGCCGCACGAAGCAUAAUGAUAAAUGGCUCUAAGUUUUCGUCCUCUACUCAUUAGAAUUUCACUAAAAAAAAUACUCUUUGAAAUCAUGUGACCCCAUAUAAACUCGAUCGCGGAACAAUACCCGUUGGAAGUGAUCGUUUGGCGGAAGAAGCCUUAUUAUACGCCGCGAAAUUGCGAAACGAUUUUCAGAGUGUAGUAAUGAGUGAAAGUACAUAGGGAAAAAAUAGAGCAGUUGUAAAGAAUAUCCCACCAAUUUGCCUGUAACGCGGACUUCCUGAAUGCAUGUUGGUGACAAGCCUGAAAGGCAAGACUGGGAUUUGCCACUUUCUUCAAUUUUGCGAUACUGCAACAAAAAAUCUUGUUCAGCUAUGUCUCGCAGAUUCCUCGGUUCUAGAUCUGAUGUUGGGGCUUCUGGACUAAUGUGCGUCUACUCGUCUCCCACAUGACUGCGCAAGUGUCACCCAGGCCGGGUCUCGCCGUCUCCGUUACAGAGUUGAAGGCAUCUCAAUGUGCGACUUAUUUCGCAUCGAAUUAAGCUUACCCUCGAAAGGCUUGCACAGCUCCAUUAUGUUGAACCAUCGCCAGUCGCAUGCACCAUUAAAGUUCCGGAUGUACUAUAUUGCUCUCCGAUCGUUUAGCUGUGGCCGGUAUUCAGAUUGGAAACAACGCCCUUUGACGUAUUUCCUUCCUUUUGUAAGGUAUGCAUAGCGGGACUCAUGUGCCCCAUAUCAAAUGUUAUGUAAUAAGUCAGUCCGGCUGAAGUAGCGUAAAAUCGAAGAACCGUUUAUUGGUUUACGCAACAGGCUAUUUUCAGUCUUGGUAGCCAGAUACUGAGGGGAAUUUCAAAUGUACUCACAACUGAAGACUGGGAAAGGUGGAGCUGGAGGCUGCCACCGAGGAAGGGACCAAACUUCCAUACACCCGCACGAAAGAGGUACCACUCACACACUCAUCUUUGGAGAAACUCAAUAUAGCCGUCUCAAUUCAUUUUGACCAAGAAGUUCGUCUCCGGUCCUGUCUGAUUGCUGCAGUACCACUUACUAUGAACGCCAAAAGCAUGCGUCUCGUCAACUCCAGCAUAAUCAUCUGCAGCUGGUCUGAAAGUAUGCCACCUUAAUUGUAGCUGCAUAGUAGAAACCGUCAUUUGUUAAUGAGAGAUGCUGUCGAGAGAUGAAUAUCUUAUCGACGGCCUCUGUGGCAACCAUUGUAAAUUGCAUUGAAUACUGCAGCCUCUCUAUCUUGGUACUCUCCUCAGUCUUGAAAUAACUGGCAUCUGUCAGAGUCAGUCUGCCGCAUGUGCCCUUAGCGUGAGACGGACGUCGACAGUGUCUUUGGCCCGGCACGCGACAACGUCCGCCGGUCAUCAAUUCCUGUCAUUUCCAUUGGUCACAUGUCAUCAUGCCCUGUACUACUGCCAGCUCUCAAGGCCAGUCUGCCACAGACAAUCCGAGAGCAGACCGGAAUACUUUGGACACAGUCUAAUUGCUGUUAAUUAGGAACAGUCGUCCAUUUUUGUUUCUUUUUUUCAAUAUCGAUAAUAUGAGCAUUCUGCUCACCACAAGGUUGUGCUGCCGCUGUUCUGAACGAGUUAUUAGUUUAUGUAUUGUCCGGAAUAGAGUGAUAUCCUGAAUCCUCGAAUUUGAACCCGCUCCUUCUUCGCCUACCAUUCACGCCUGAAUUCGUGUUCACUGAUUCGGUCGUCUCCGUCUCGUAGGCCCACCGCAUUGCAAAUGACUGCUGCCAUUGAAUUUGAUUGUGAGGGGGGGGACAGACCCCCAAGCAAAGCACUUCACAUCGAGGGUCAUAGGGCCAGAGCUGCGCUCAAAGUCAACUUCUACUGCAUCAGUUUACGUCAUCCGUUAGAUACUUGUUGUUAGAAGAACUAGGAUACAAAGAGCCCAAAUAAAGCCUAACAUAAUGAAGCCGCAAGUGAUGCAUGUGUAUCUGAAACGGUGCCACUUCUCCUCUUGCCGCUUUGAUGCCAGCGUGGAUUCGGCAUGACCGGUGUUUUGUACUAAUAUGGAUAGGCAUAUAUAGCCAGGUGACUUUAACCGAGACUUUCACUCUGACAAAGCUAUAUAGCCCGCCCACGCAUGCCACACACGUUUUUCACAGUGUCGACCCCUCUUCUCCCAUGCACCAGCCCGCUGUCUGAUGCUGGGAUCGCACCCAAGUGACUCGCGUGGCUUGGAGCCUGCACCCAGUCGUACCACUUUAUCACCCCCAUGUGUGCUGUCUCUUAUGGGGUGUGAUACUGUCAAGUUCAAGUCACUUGAUGUGCAGACGGGUCGGAUGGGCUAUCUUACGUGAUCGUAAUCAAAUUAAAACCAAAGGUUGUCCAGGUCAGUUCGCAAGAUUAAAUGGAAGCGGAACUCUGAUGAAGCUGCUCGGAUGCUACCUAUGUUUCAUGGCUUAUCUCCGCCGUAGCUUCCAAGAAGUGUUAAUUUAUAGUUUCUUUCACGAUUACCAAAGUGUCAACUCCAUUCAUACUGCGUUGGGCAUCCUCUUAAUGUCAAUACUGUGCAAUCUGGCGAAUCGUAGCCAGUUGAUCCCCAAUCGAUCUUUUGAGAGAUAGUAGGACAAAGAAAUCCGCCCCAGCGACACAUUUUCGCGUUUUUUAUCGGUUUUGCAGCAAAUUUUAACAUGGUGCGUGUUGGCUCCCUCCAGCCAAUGAAAUUCCACCACCUGGGUGUGCCUCAAAAAAUACCAAUUGGAGGUAGGAGCCGAUUGCGAUGACUGAGCGAACUCAUUCUUUAUCUCUCUCACACACGGGUACAUAGCUUGGGAUACGUACGAGGUUUGCAAACAUUGAUUGUUGACACGGCUCCGUGGCGUUUGCAGACCCCCGACGAACGGAUUACAUCUUCCACCGAGUCCAUUCUCGAUGUUUUUCCGUCACCAAGUGGGCGCGCGUAAUCGCGUACACUAGCUGAGAAUUUCGUGCGCUCAGAAGGGCCUUCAAAAAAAACAUGGAAAUCAUCUCUCGGGCCAGUUAUUGAUGGUACUUAUCAACAAAACUGCGAGUACUUGGUUAUAUGCCAAUGGCUAGUCACAGGCGAACCCCUCAUGUGGAUAUGUUAUAAAAUUGCCCUGUUUAAUUUCCGAGGAAAUUCAUGCACGAACAUGGAGUAAAGCCUUCGGAACAGACCUUUACAGGCGCGGUCCUAAAUUUGAUAUGAAUAUUUGAGCUGCGUCAGGCAGCGGCACAGGAUCGGCGAAACACGCGUGUCUGGGCUUUUAGUUAGUAUCUGUGUUGUCAGUACGGUAAAUCAUUACACAAUUCUAUACUACUGACUGUCUGUUGAUGGUUUGUGAAUAUUCCACAGUAGCUGGUGGAUUUCAGCUCAAAUAUGCAUAUCAAAUUUCGGACCGCGCUUGAAAAGGUCUGUUCCGAAGGAUUCACUCCAAGUUCGCGCAUUAAUUUCCUCGGAAAUUAAACAAAGCAAGAAACAAGCAUCGUUUAUGGUAACUUCGCCGCACAAGCAGUCGCAACUUAUGGUAAAUCCGUGUCGGUAACAAAGUCAACACCGGUUCUCAUGUUCUGAAGGUCAACCUCGAACAGUACCGCCUCACAGAUGCAAUUGCCUGUCUUUCCGCUCAUAUGAAAGUGAUAUGGACAGAGAGAACAAGUGUGGUUUUGCUGUAGAGGACAGAAUCCAAGCAACAACUUACCCUCUGGGUUGCAUACGAGGUCGGCGAAACACGCGUGUCUGGGCUUUUAGCUAGUACCUGUGUUGUCGGUACGCUAAGUCAUUACACAAUGGUAUAAAAUCCAUGCCAUACUUGGGAUCGAUGUUAAUUACCCGCCAACACAGAAUACGAACUUUUUGCCUUUUAAUUUCCUCGGAAAUUAACUGCACACUUGGAGUAGAUCUGUAUAUUCUAGGUCUAUAGGCUCAUACCGAGCAUUUAUGUAUGAAUAUUUGGGCCGAAGCCCGUCAGUCUCAGCGGGUAACCGCGUAAUAUUCAUUAACUGCGGACAGAUAGCUAGUAGUAUUCUUUAGGGUAAGGUGAUUCCAUACUAACACCACAGGUAUUAAUCAAAUACCUGUGCUGUUUGUAUCGUAUCCCUUUACCCUAAAGAAUACGAUCUGUUAUUGUGUCAGAGGUGGCAUCUUUGGAGAGUCCCCCUCAUAUCACUGAAUCAGCAUGAAUAGAUAGCAUACUUAACGUACGUUCUCCAGAAUUCCUCACCCGAUUAUUUGUGUCUCGUUUGUAGCCUCCGUCUCAUCUAGUCGCUACUUUAGUGACGUGACAUCCAAGCCGACAUCCUCCGCUUCGCCUACCGCCACUCUCGCUGACCCUCUGGCCUCACCGGACUACUUUGGCUUCCGCGAAUACUUGUCCCUAGAACAGCUCUUCAAGGCCCGUGUGCACCUGGGCCAUCGGUCGAUGCUGCGUAAUCCCUAUAUGACGCCUUACCUUUUUGGCUGUCGCCAGGGCAUCGACAUCAUCGAUCUGGACCAGACCCUCGAGCUCCUGUUUGCAGCACUCAAUUUCACCGCGCACAUCGCCUACCGAGGUGGUAUUAUCCUCUUCAUGACACAGCACAAGCAGGUACCUCCCAUUCCAGUUAGGUUAUUGUCAAUGUCGUUUAAUUGGAAAGUUGCGCCCGACUUCAAGAGUAUAUCAGCGCAUUGAGCAUUAUGCCCGCACUCUUUGAGUUUUUGAAAAUCUCUUCCUAACCUUUGUAAAAAGCUCCCCGCUCUCACCCCAACCAAGUUAUUUCGCCCUGUUUAAGCGUUUUUCGGCCUGAUGGACAGUCGUUCCGAGGGUCCGACUGUCGCAAACUCAUUUUCAUAUCGGUCUGAUCACGAUUCCCUGCCAUGUCAAACCAGUUCGUUCUAAUGCUACUAAAGGUCGUGCAGUGAGCUAGUCCUCCUUACGAUGGGUGCUUGCCUCACUAUCUAAGAAACCUAAAAUAGGUAGAUCGUGGGAGAGAGAGAAGUACGGAUACACACAACUCUGGUUGACGGCAAACUCAUGAAAUGUCAACCGGAAUUCCGAAAUGCGUUUUCGGUUCAAGAAGAUUAAUUAAGUAGGGUUGUAAAACCAGUCAGCCUGCAACAUAAUUCUAUAAUAAUUCAGUUACCACAGGGGGGGCUGGUUUUCGAGUAAACCUCCUUCCGGCUGCAUGUAAAAACUACACUCUGUAAAAAACGACUACUUAUGUACCAUGCAUUUUUCUCAUUGAUUUUCGAUGCCCCUAAAUGACCAAUCAUAUUUCAUGGAAAACAUGCAUAGAGAUACUCACUCUUUUUCUCAUUCGGUAGGAAAUUACGUCUUCUUUCAAUUUUCUACUCGAAUGAGGGACAUAAUUUGGUUUUAAAAAAGUUUCUAACUGUAGGAUUUUUUAAAUACCGUGAAAUGGCCGUUCAUAAAUCGUCAUUUCUCUGCAUUUACGAAUUUGGCUUGUAAAGUUAACAAUAUGGAUCAAAUCCACUGCUUACUUUUAUGAACCCUAUAUGAUCUUCCUUUACUACUGUAGAUAAAUGUGUGGUUUUACAUGCGCGAAAAAUAUACGGCUUGUAGUUUGGAAACCCUGAAUCCAAGUGUAACGUUAGAGCGGGUUCAAAGUUAUUCGGGAAUUGGAAAAGUUUUUGAAAACCGAAUAAUACCCUUCCUUUGAGUAUAAAAAUGAAAGAAGACGUAAUUAUCUACCGAACAAGCGGAGGAAUGAAUAUUUCUAUGCAUGUUUUCCAUGAAAUAUAAUUGGGCUUUUAGGGACAUCGAAAAUCAAUGAAAAAAUGCGUGCUACUUAUGUAGUCAUUUUUUUACAGAGUAUAGGUUUGCAUGCAGCCGGAAGAAAGUUCGUUCGAAAGUCGGCAUCCUGAGGUAACUAAAAUAUUAUAGAAUUAUGUUGCAGGCUGACUGGUUUUACAACCCCACUUAAGUAAUCUUUUUGAACCGAAAACGCAUUUCGGAAUUUCGGUUGAUAUUUCACGAGUUAGCCCACCUACUGUAUGUCCUCGCUUGACCACCGUCGAGCUUACAGCGGUUUGUGUGAACAUGCCUUCGCGUGGCUGGGGCUGUUGCGUUCCAGUGGGAAGACGACACAUUAGGACACACUUGCCAACGGACUGCAGCUCCUUUUUAUUCUCCAUACAAAACGGCCUACUUAUUCCGACUACAUGGCUUCGUGACAGAACGGAUGUCUGCUCUGACACUGCUCUUCACCCCUUGUCAGGUUCAGUACCUCAUGGGCAUUAAUUUCCAUCACACUUCAUUCUAAUGUUUGUUUAACUGAUCUGCUAUUGCCUCAACGCCUUCAACCAGCUCCUACUACUCGGUCCAAAACCCCUUUUUAGAUGAUGCCGCUGGUGGAGCAGACGGCGCGUGCUGUUGGCGAGUACUCCUACUGUCGACCAUGGGGCGGCGGCGUUUUCACUGACUCCUCCAAGUUCUUCAAGUCCACUGCGGUGCGCCUACCAGAUCUCGUCAUCAUGCUGAAUACGCUGACACCGUUUGGAGCACCGCAUGUGGCUGUGCGAGACGCCGCUAAAAUGCUCAUUCCCACGGUGGCUGUAGUUGACUCAAACUGCGACCCGCGCCUAGUGACCUACCCGAUCCCCGGUAACGACGACUCUCCGACUGCCGUUCGCCUUUACUGUUCCCUUCUCGCUGAGGCCGUGUCCCAUGGCAAGAGACGGGCCCGGCGUGAUGCAACGCUGCGUCAGCAACUGAAAGAGCGGCAGACAGUGGCCUGA